AUGGUUGGUUGGAAGUACCGAGGUACCUUCCCCAGUAUGUGGUCAGACCCGUGCGGCAGUGAGCUCGAUCGUUCAGAACUGAGGGAAAAAGAUGCAGAUACAAAACAAAUCAGUAAGAAUUAUGCAGAUUCUUCUCGAAGAGCCAAGGAAUCAAAUACUAAAAUUGGUGACACGGUGUUGCUUGCGCAAAACAAAAGAAGCAAGACUGAUCCUACCUUUUCAUCAGAAAGAUUCACAGUAAUAGCCAGGGAAGGAGCCAAAAUUGUAAUCAUGAGCAAUACAGGAAUACAGUAUGCUCGCAACAUCAGAGAAGUUAAAAGAGCGCCUGAAUCCAUCACAUCUGACAAUCAUCCUGAGCAGGAAAAAUUUGACGAAAUUCAAGCAUCAGGUUCGGCUAAGACGUCCAGGGAUCUUCGAAAGCGAGAGGUGAUCAAGCGACCAAAACGGUUUGAUGAUCAAUUUGUGUAUCGCGUAUUCUUCUAA